CGCCCGCGGCUUGGACGUGUGAACUGUGACGGGAGAGUUCCACUUCACAGUGGGAGAGUUUAUUUUGCUAGAGUUUGUGACGUUCUGAUUUCUAGUUCAAAAUCAGACUCGAUUAAUAGUGAAAAGCGAGAUACAAAUUAAUUAUUAACUUGUUUUUAUUUAAAUAUAAACAUGGAUAACAAAAGUCCAAAGAUAGCGGUGAUCGGGGCCGGCGUGAUUGGUAUGACAGUGGCUAAGAUACUACAGCAAGAGUUGAGAAACACAAAUAUCACCAUAAUUGCUGAUACGUUCACAGAAGACACAGUUAGUUGCGUCGCGGCAGGGAUCUUUAGACCAGGCACAAGUUUCAAAGGCCCUUCCAAAGAAAUUACAAAAAAAUGGAUAAACAAUUCGUGGUAUUUUUGGCAGGAUAUUCUAAAGACCUCCGAAGCACCCCUAGCCGGUCUCAUGCCCUUAUCGACCUAUAUAUUUUCAAAAGAAAAUUACUUCGUCACCCGGAACCACCUAAUCGAAGACUUGGUGCCUAUUUACAGAUCUGUCGAAAAAGAUGAGCUCAAAUUAUGCGGCGAAAGAUGGAAAUACGGCUCAUAUUUCUCGACGAUAAAAAUUGGCUGCGAUAGAUACUUGCCGUGGGUGGAGAAAUCGUUUAUUGAAAAGGGUGGCAAAAUCGAUGUGAAGAAGAUCGACUCUUUCGCGUCACUACGUUCGAAAUUUGAUUUGGUUUUCAAUUGCACGGGUUUGGGCGCGAAGAUGUUGUGCGGUGACCAUGAUUUGGUGGCUUUGCGCGGACAGGUUAUAAAAGUUAAAGCGCCUUGGUUGAAAAUGGCUUUUUAUGGGGACUACGAUACUUACAUCAUUCCUGGAUUGGACGGCGUCGCUACACUAGGAGGUGUACGCCAGUACGACAGUUACAAUAAAGAGGUUUGUAAAUACGAUUCGGCAGCCAUAAUGGAACGUUGUUGCCAACUUUUGCCGGCUUUGGGGACAGCAGAAAUCGUCGCACAUAGAGUUGGUUUUAGACCACAUAGAGUGCCUGUAAGGGUGGAACCAGAGUUCGUGGACGGUGUGAAAGUAGUCCACUGCUACGGGCAUGGUGGUUACGGUGUGAUGUGCGCCCCGGGAACCGCGAUGGAUGCUGUCAGAAUGGGCGUAGACUUUUUGAAAAGCAAUGUUAGGAGCAAAAUGUAAUAAUAUAUGUAAUAUUUUAAAUAAUUAUUAUUGUUAAAUCAUGUUAUAACAUAAUGAAAUAAACUAUCUAUUCCUAA